GGUGCAUUGAAUCCGGUGCAGCGAUUACGAAACCGAGCGUCGUGCUUGCGUCACGACGCGUCUCGGCGUCGUCGCUAUGAGGAAGGUCGGGUGCGCGGGCGGGCGGGUGGACGACUGAUCUCACCUUAUCAUCGUUACUGCCGCAGCUGUGCGUAUCGAAGUUCAUGCGGUGGUGAGUGACGGUAGUAGGGGAGGCGAGGAAGGGUUCGACACGCGGGCCAUGCGGUUACCUGCAGCACUCGGACGUCGUCAUCGUUGGACGUCGCGUCAAGCCGUUUCCAUUGUCGCCGUUGCUGCCUUCGAUCACGGUUAGUGUGUGAAAUUAGGUUUUAGAGUGAUCACACUUGCUCUGCCUCAUGGUGGCGAUCACCACGUGUCGCGCCGCCGCCACCGCGGCCUUCAGGGCCGUAAUACUGGGCGCACCCGCCUCUGGCAAGGGCACCGUCUCCGCCAGGAUCGUCCAGCAAUUCAAAAUCGCGCACAUCUCCAGCGGCGACCGGCUGCGCUUCCACGUGACAGUCGGCAGCGACCUAGGCAGAGAAGUGAAACAAUACAUAGACGGCGGUAACUUUGUGCCGGACAACACGAUGAUAUCGCUCAUCAACGAGGAGAUCGAAUCGGUGAUGGAUCGGAAUUGGCUGCUGGACGGAUUCCCGAGGACGUUGACGCAGGCGGAGCGACUGCAACGGCUGCACCCGAUCAAUCUCGUGCUGAACCUCGUGGUGCCGACCUCCGUCAUACUGGACCGCGUCCGCAGCAGAUGGAUCCACUUACCCAGCGGCAGGGUCUACAAUAUCGGCUUCAAUGAUCCACAAGUGCCGGGCAAGGACGAUAUAACGGGCGAGCCGUUGAGUCAGAGGGAGGACGACAAGCCGGAAGUCGUGCAGAAGCGACUGCAGGACUACGCGACCAAGACCGAGCCGGUCGUGCGAUUCUACCGCGAGAUCGGAGUGCUGAAGGACUUUCGCGGCAACACCACCAACGAGAUGUGGCCGGCGAUCAGGGACUGCGUCGCGCAACAUCUAAGUUUUUAGAUUGAAUUUUAGAUAGAUUUUUUUAGAGACAAUUCAAAUCGGACGGCCGCGCGGAUCUCUCUGACUUUGAAAAGGAUCUACUUACAGAUCUGCUUGGGUCUCUUUAGGAUUUUUAGAUAUAAGCGGUCUAUUAAAUCUACAUUUGGAUAAAAAGCUAGCAGAUUAGAUUCGAUAAAAUCCUAAUGUCUAAGAACAUUCUUUUUGUAUUCUUAUAAAACUAGAGCAAACAGAUCUAUAAUCUCGGCCUAUCUGAGACGCGUGCACCGCGCACAAUUUUUCGAAUGAUAAGCGGAGAUAAGCAUUCUCGUUCGGCAACGAGUGUUUUUGUCCCGCAACAACGAGAGAAGAAGUUACGCGACGCGCUCUUUUCGCACCCACCAACGCACACAUGAUAUCGCGUUAGUCUGUAAGUACGCAAUCCCGUAUUGACAAUAAUAGGCUCGUAGAUGGUCUUUGAUCGCGAACAACGUGAUCGAGAGGAUAAACCAACGACAUUUUGUGAUAGCUCAACACAUUGAACGCCACGGCGAUCACCGAUGACAAUUGUCUUCAGCGAAUUAAACGUAUAACGCGUUGUUAUAGAGCUUAUUAAAAGUAGUAACAAAUAUAUACCAAGUAUCCCAAAAACGCUGCAUAUCUCUUCAAUGACAGAUUAUUUUAUAAUCAAUUUUUUACAGAAACGUUAAGAUUUUUCAGUUAUAAAAAAUUGAAGAUAUCUGAUUAUUUUUGGGACACUUCGUAUUUGUUAAAACUGCACGCACCAUUAGUCGCCUAAUCCUUAGAAUCUUGCGAGGUGAAUUCAAGCUCGUUUAUCAUCGGAUCUGUUAAAUAAGACGCAAAAGAUUCUUUGCACGCCGGUAUUUGCGCGACUAGCCUGCUGCUUGGCCAAAGUUCGAGGUAUAGUACAAAGUAGUAAUUACCACUGAAUAAUACAUUCUAGCGUGAUGUAAUAUAUCGCCAUAUGCCCACUUUAUUUCAAGCGUUAUAGCGUUACCGAUGUAUAGAGAGAUAUAUAACAAUGUUCAACAUAUUGUGUACAUCUUCAACAGUAUGAGUAUACAAUAUACGUACGUAUUAUGCA